UGUAGUUCGACAGAAAAAUUGCUUCAUGUUGAUCACAAUAACGUUUGCAAUAAUAUUACUUGGAAUGGGAUUGGCUACUGUAUACAUGCUAGUCAAAACUCAAGAAACGCAACGGUUCGGAAAUAAUGGAGUCGACAACAAAACUCUAGCGAACCUUGUUCAAUAUAUUGACGAGCAGAGAGAAGAAAUCAACCAGUUGGAAUUGAAAUCCGCACAAGAGUAUUUGAUAAAAGAUGCCGUGUUGGGGGCAGCAGAGAAGUAUAUCACCGUCGAUGGCAAGUUAUUGUGGACAGGCUCUGCACCUGGAUUGACUUACGAUGUGGCCUACAAUGUGUGUGCGAAGUACUGGUCAACAAUGGCACAAAUAAAAAACAAACAAGAAUAUGUUGCUGCGAUGUCGAUGUUGCGCCCAAAAAGUGGAUUCAUUGCUGUAUGGAUUGGCUUGGGAAUAAAUCCUUUGACAGGAAAAAUCCGUCCAUAUAACGGAUUCACGAAAUGGUAUGUUGGAGAACCAAGAAUUGACAAAGGAUGCGAAAUUUGUACAAAAGUCUCACUUGUAGUUCGUUCCGAUCCAUUGGAUGACCACCAAGGAAUGGUGAACGCCGAACCUAAUUGGACACGGGACAAAGUAUUAUGUCAACUGUGAGACAAGCAACCCCAGUAUCAUUUUACAUUUAAACAAUUGAUGCACCAACGAUCGCGGGGAUAAUAUUUGAAACUUAUUAGCGAGCAGAAGGCAGGCAGUAAUUUUAUUCGCAUCACUAUUGAGUAUCGGUCAAGAAAAGAGUAAAAAUAUUUUUUUAACAUAACUUUAUUCCACAAAAUGUACGGUAAGCAAACUAGAUGUUGCUUUGUACAAAACACAUUUAUUUAUCUGAUACAGGCUGAAAACUCGAAGUUGCGUUUAGUGUUUUUGAUAUAUGUCAUUGCCGGUAUAUUCUAAAUGCAGAGAUCCUUUCUCAAAUCAAAUGUCUUUCUUGAUACGAGCAAGAAUUGUCCUUCUUUCAAUAAACUUCAAAAAUCAAUGCGUUAUUUUUCAAAUUAAAAUUUAAUUAUAAAACUGUACAACACUAAAUUUUCCAUUUGUGAAUGAUGAUUGUUU